AUGAUAGAGCUUCUCAGUGUCUUACUUUGUGUCAUUUCAGAAUUCAUUGGAACAGAUGAAACCACACGGAUUACGGGAACACCUGACACAGCUAACGAUUCAUACUAUAAAGAAGAUUGGCGCUUACAAUCAGCUCGAGCAUUUUACAAAUCUUGCGUAAAUAGUCGAAAUUCAAACACAACGCGUGAAAGUCGUCAUCACUUGAUAGAUGUAUAUUUUGGCGGAUGGCAACUAAUACCAUCACUUUCGACGGAGAUAAAUAAUACAAAUGGGCGAAAUCAAAGUCAAAUGAAUAACAGUCUUACCGAUCUAUUUCUACCAAUAUUAACUCAAACUGGACGUUCACCUUUAUUUUCAAUGAACAUCGCAGAGGAUAUUUUUGCCGUCCUAACUGAUAUGGAUAAAUCCGAAGAGGAUUACUACAAGCUUGCAUUUGAAACUGGGGUACCUCAGUCUCAAAAACCACAACUAACGGAUGCUUUCCGAAAAAUGAUUCGAUUAGGCAGAAUCGAUUGGAGUUAUGCACUUGAAAAGGUAUUACAAGAAACUGGAUAUGUAAACUACCACAAACUACCAAUCAUUAUAGAACGGCGAAAUGAACUCCGUCAACGUUGCGCAGAAUACCGUGAACUAUUGACGGAAAAAGAUGGUGGAAGUACUCUACGCACAAUAGCUGUUAUGGACUUUUUAAGAGAACAACAAAAGAAUACACUAAACGUCCAUACAUUUGGAACGAUUCAUAACUUCAAUUCAUGUUAG